AUGUUCCCAAACAGGCUGGCUCACGCGACUAGGCUCUGGAUCCUGUCUCGACAUUUAUGCGAAAUGUCCUUUGAGGCUGCCCGAAUAAGAACAUUUUACUACGCAGAGCUAGAAGCAGUGCCAGCAAGGGUAUCUCUAGCAUUCAUGACAGCAGCUGGUGUGAUGGUCCUGUACAUGCUGAGGAUCAAUCUCUCUGUUGCAAUCGUUGCUAUGGUUGAAACCCCGAUUGCAAAGGCGGAAGGGAACAGCUCCGAAAUACCCAGGGCUUCUUGCUUGAGGAAUGAACCGGCUAAGGACCGCAUCGUACUGACCGGAACGCAGAAGGGCCUCAUCCUUGGCGCCUUCUUCUACGGCUACAUCUUCACUAAUAUUCCCGGCGGUCGAUUAGCAGAGGUUUACGGAACAAAAAAGGUGUUCGGAGGCUCAAUGUUAAUGAGCAGUCUGCUGACACUUGGCACCCCUCUGGCUACCCAUCUGCACUACUCCGUUCUGAUUGUUCUCAGGAUGAUGAUAGGCCUCUGCCAGGGCGUUGUUUAUCCCGCCCUUCACGUGAUGGUAGCUCGCUGGAUCCCGCCCUUAGAACGCCCACGCUUCAUGUCCUUCACAUAUAUGGCGAACUGCGUCGGCUUGAUCUUGACUAUGCCUGCGUGUGGGUUCAUUAUCGAUGCUGUCGGCUGGCCCACGGUUUUCUACGCGAGCGGGUCGGUCUCUUUGGUCUGGGUGGUUCUCUGGUUCGCUCUCAUGCACGAUUCACCCGAUCAGCACCCGAGGAUCUCACCUGAAGAGCGUCGGUACAUCCUUGAGGCCUUGGGGAAGGACGUGACCGUGAAGCCCAAGCGUACUCCUUGGCGCGGCAUAAUGACCAACCUGCCUCUGUGGUCUAUCAACAUGGCUCAUGUCGGCGCUAUGUUUGGCUUCACGCUCCUCAUGACGCAUUUGCCUUCGUACAUGAGCAGCGUCCUCGGAUUCUCCAUCAAGAAGAAUGGGUUGCUCUCGGCGCUUCCGUUCCUGACGCAGUUCCUCGGGAGUAACAUCUGCGGGAUGCUGGGCGACUUCCUCCUCACAAGAGGCUACAUCUCCGUCCUCACAUCUCGAAAGAUAUUCACCACCGUUUCGCUGGUGUUCCCUGCGACCGUCCUCGUCGCCGUCGGGUACGUGGGCUGCAACAGCGUCGCCGCCGUGGCCAUCUUCCCCGUGGGCACUGCCUUCGCCGGGGCCAUCUGCUCGGGGUACCUGGCCAACCACCACGAUCUCUCGCCCAAUUUUGCCGGUACAAUCUACGGCGUGACAAACACCAUCGCCUUCGCAGUGGGUAUGUGUGUGCCUGUGGUGGUGGGUGCCAUGACUCCUGAUCAGAGUCUGGACCAAUGGCAAGCAGUGUUUUGGGUGUCGGCUGCCAUGUACUUGUCAACGUGGCUUUUCUAUGUCAUUUUCGCCUCUUCUGACAUCCAGCCGUGGAACAGCGAAGGAGGAGAAAGAGAAAAGGGAGUAAAUGUAGUGGAGAAUAACCAAAGCGAGGAAGAGCUGGAAUCUUUGAAUAAAACGAAGGAUGAGGCAUAAGGCGAUAGUUUAGAGGACGCUGUGGUCAGGUCAGGGGAGGAAAUGAAAUGCAGAUAGAUAAAUAAAUGGAAGAAUUAUUUAA